AUGAAUGUUUAUAUACCAUUAUAUAUUGGAAACGAUCUCGAAUCUGAUGGAUUUACUGGACAAAUUAGAAGUAAGGAUGGAAUUUUGUUUUUUGAUUUAGGGUGUCCAACGGAUUCGGAUUUUGAAUGUGUGUGUCCAGAAAUUAAAGAAUUUUAG